AUGCAGGCCACCUCGCAGCCCUUGAAGAACUUUUUCCGUCCGCUCGUCCUCUCAGGGCCUUCGGGAACCGGCAAGAGCACCCUCCUCAAACGUCUCUUCGCAGACUACCCAGACAAAUUCGCAUUUUCCGUCUCACACACCACACGCUCUCCACGCCCGGGAGAACAAGAUGGCGUCCAGUACCACUUCGUCACACGAGACUCUUUUCUCGCCCUCGUAGACCAAAAAGGGUUCAUCGAGCACGCAGAGUUCUCCGGAAACCUCUACGGGACGUCCAUCCAGGCCGUCAGAGACAUCGCCAACCUCGGCAAACGAUGCAUACUCGACAUCGAAGUCCAGGGCGUGCGCCAGAUCAAACAGACCAACCUCAACCCAGUCUACCUCUUCCUCUCCCCUCCGUCCCUCUCCGCCCUCCGCGAACGUCUCAUCGGUCGCGGUACAGAGACAGAGGCUGCUGUCUCCAAACGCAUGGACACCGCACUCAAAGAGAUCGCGUACGCCAAGGAGCCCGGAGCGCACGAUAUCGUGAUCGUGAACGAUGAUCUCGACAGGGCGUACGAGUUGUUCAGGAAGGUCGCGUUGGGCGAGGAGAUCGUCGGAGAUGCGUUGCCGCCGUUGGACGAUUGA